AGCCUCGACGAGCGGAUCUUGGACGACGACGGUGCGACGAUCGUGGACGACCCACCGAAGUUCGACGCGCGCGCGCGAAGGUGUCUCCGCUCGGGUUCAGAUUUUUAUGGAUUAGUUAAUGUUUAACCGUCACACCGAUAAGCUCGGCGUUGGUGCGUUCUUCGGGUGGUUCUUGGGUUGUUCUUCCAGUGGGAAGUUCUGCGGUGGACGUUUUCUGGACGAAGGUGUUCGGUAGUGCUGUUCCAGCAGUGCGUUGUUGCGCAAGCGUUUCGUGCGUGUGUGUUAUCGAACUCGGUGGACGCUUGGACAUUGUUGAUUCAGGUGUUCUAGACAAGGUGUUGAGCGUGCUGGAACGCUUGGAGUUUGCAGCACUCCACGGAGUGAAAGUGAUUCGAUCUUACGAUCCGUUGAACCAAGUCGAAGAGCUUUUCGAUAAAUAAAACAAAGUGUUUGGCGUUGACCGUCUUAAGGAGUUUGUUGGAGUUGGAAAAAAAGAGCAGCUCUCUGCACACACGAGUGGCACCUUAAGACCCCCGCCGUAAACCCGUAGACACGUACAAUUAAAAGUGAAGUUGAGCACUUUUUCUUCGCGGUGAAGGCAAAAAUAAAAUAAUAAUAAUAUCCACACAACACACAGACGUACGCGUAAACUGCAAACGCACGGACUUGCGGGUCUUACGGAGAAGGCGUUCAAGUCCACGCGCGUCUAGAGUAGUAAAACCAGCUGAGAGUGACCGCUCGGGUGAAACAAGUUACUUAGCGAGGAAGAAACUCCGCGCAGAUCAUCGCCGCAUUUCGAAGUUAUUUUCACCUCGGUAUCGGAAUUUGCAGACGCGCCCCCCCUGCGUAAACGUCAAAACGGCGCCUUUUCGCCUUUCGACCAAAGACUUCGAGAAAUUUUAAGAAAAACUGAAUGUGAAUCAAUUAAAGCCAAACUAAACAACAAGACCUGCGAACCUGUUGUUGAGCUGACCAACCUGCUCAAGCUUUUAUGUAAUUCGGCGUCGUUUUUUUUGCGUUCGCCAUUGUUGAAGAGAAAGAAAUUUGGAUCGCGAGGAAUCAUUGAGUAGCCUUAAACCAUCGAAGACAAAAGGAACGAAAAGAAACGAAAAAAAAAACGGUAAUAAUAAAAAGAUGGGAAGCGCGCCUAAUUAGUGGAAAAUUAGAUAAAUAUUUCGUUUUUUUCGGUGCGUUUUGUGAGGCAAGUGUGCGUGAGUGUGUGCGAUCGUUUAGAAAAAAAAACGAAAAAAGGGAGAGUAAUAAUUCGAUUAAGUGAAAACGCUGCAAAAGAAAAGAAAAACGAGAUAAAAAUAGAGUUUAAGGGAAGAAGACGAAUUGGACUCAAAGAACCUCACGAAUAACUUCGGGGUUGAAAACGAAAGUGAUUGAUGUGGUGAUGAUUUGGUGUGGUGUGUAAAUACAGAGCGAAAUUACUGGCUUGUACGAGAAAGGUAUAAUUUCGGUGGAUGAUUUUGAAGAUUCUGACGAGGAUUGUGACCAUUCUUAAGGCCUGAGAACGGAGCAGUUGCUGGAGAUUUUUUGGCCCUGUCUUGUUUGCUGUGAACACUCAAUGAAUAUCGUAUCUUGGAAAGACUAAGUUAAAGACCCCGCGCCAAGAUGACGCGACUUGGCCUGUACUUCGCGGCAUCAUGGACACUGCUAUGCACCUACAGCGCCGCCCUGCCAGAUAUCCACCGACAGAUGUCUACGGCCCAGCUGCAGGAGGUGUUCCACGUGGACCACCCGGACGCGGUUCCACACUACGAGCUGAUCCAGCUGAUGCACCACACAAACCAACCCUCGGUUGGUCGCCGGAAGCGAAGCAUAGAGACAGGUCCCUCAAAAGGUGGCAAUCAGCUGGACGGUGGAGGGGGCGGGAAUCACCACGUGAAGAAAGAUCUUAGCAAAGUGAGGUUCAGUGAGAAGGCAAGUGAGAGUGCAGUUCCGGCCAAGAAGCGGACUGUGAAGCAGCCGGAAGCAACCGGCGGUGGGGGUAGUGUGAGUGAGCAGAUUCUGCCGGAGAUGCAACCCCCGGCGAAGCAGCCGGCAGAUAGUGAGAACAAGAUCGGGGACGACGUGAGCAUUCGGGACAUCAAGCAGCACCGGGUGUCGUUCAGUGCGUUCGGGGAGAGUGUCAACCUGACGCUGGAGAAAACCGAGGGGCUGUUCGGGGAGGAAGGACCGCACUCGUUGCGCAUGUGGAACGUGCGCGUCGACCCGAACGCGACGCAGGGUCUCGUGUAUGAGGAAAUACACGAAGAGAAUCCACCAGCAGAAGACUCUUUUGGUAAUAUUUACCAAGAUCAAAAAAAUAUGGCAGCUGUUCUGAUGCGGAAGCAUCUGGAAAGUGGCGAUCUUAUGAUGGAGGGUAGUAUAGGACAUCAACUUGUGAUAAAACCAGUGCCAACCGAAAUCUCCCAGGCGGAGGACGGUAGUGUUCAUCAUGUUAUUUAUAAGCGGACAGUGUCCGAGGAGCAUCACGACCACGCGAGCGACUACGCAUUCAUGGAGCCGGACCGGCUGCAGAAGCGAUUUCGCUCGAAGCGAAGUCCCCAAAGCGGCGGCUACUACAAAUCAUCGCGGGCGAUCGAUACCACCAUCUAUCCGGAGAUCCUGGUGAUUGUGGACUACGACGGCUACCGGUUACACGGCGGCGACAACGUCCAGGUCAAGCGGUACUUUGUCUCGUUCUGGAACGGCGUCGACCUACGCUAUCGGUUGCUCAAGGGGCCGAAGAUUCGCAUCAGCAUCGCCGGCAUCAUCAUCUCGCGGGGUCGCGAUGCCACCCCGUACCUGGAGCGGAACCGGGUGGGCCGGGACGCGAUCGACUCGGCCGCCGCCCUCACCGACAUGGGCAAGUAUCUGUUCCGCGAGCGAAGACUGCCGGUGUACGACAUUGCGGUUGCCAUCACGAAACUAGAUAUGUGUAGAAGACAAUAUGCAAAUGACGCGUGUAAUCGCGGUACCGCAGGCUUCGCGUACGUCGGAGGUGCCUGCGUCGUCAACAAGCGCCUGGAGAAGGUCAACAGCGUGGCCAUCAUCGAGGACACCGGCGGCUUCAGCGGUAUCAUUGUGGCCGCCCACGAAGUUGGUCAUCUCCUUGGAGCCGUCCACGACGGAUCCCCUCCACCCAGCUACCUCGGCGGUCCGGGCGCGGAAAAGUGCCGCUGGGAGGACGGCUACAUCAUGUCCGAUCUGCGACACACUGAGCGGGGCUUCCGGUGGUCACCGUGCAGUGUUCAGAGCUUCCAUCACUUCCUCAAUGGUGACACCGCCAGCUGUCUGCACAACCCGCCCCACGAGGACGAAGCGCUAGGACGGGCCCUGCCGGGGACGCUGCUGACGCUGGACGCCCAGUGUCGGCGGGACCGGGGCACGUCCGCCUGCUUCAAGGACGAGCGCGUCUGCGCCCAGCUGUUCUGCUUCGACUCGGCGAGCGGGUACUGCGUCGCGUACCGGCCCGCCGCCGAGGGCAGCGCCUGCGGUGAUGGGCAGCACUGCCUGGACGGCCGGUGCGUGGCCGAGCACGAGAACAUCAUCCCGGACUACUCCCAGCACACGCCGUCGUACGCACGGUUCAACCAGCAACAAGUCAAAUUAAACUACGACGACAAGUCGGUACAGCAGGAAGAAUAUUAUGAACCGUCUAGUAGCACGUCGUCCACGAGCACCACCACAACGACAACAUCCACCACAACAACCUCCACCACCACCACAACAACACCGCCGCCACCGCCACCGACAUCGACGAGGAAUUAUUACCAAUAUUUCAACCACAAAUCCACGAUGGAUGAUGAGGACAGACGAUACAAGAAUUUCAUGAAUGCCAUCAAACGAAAGCGAUUACAACACCUAAAGGAGCAACUGCAGCAGCAGGAGAUCGUCAGCAAUCAGCAGUAGUGGUAGUAGUAGUAUUGGAGGGUAGAGACUCUUCUCUUCUCUGUGUACCAUAUAGUACGAUAACUAGUAGUUUAAAGCAAAGUGCGACUUUCCUUGAACAGAUAAGAAUGCAUUUUCUGUUAACAAGUCUUCCAAAAUUUUAAGAUUUUUUUUUUGCUGAACAUUCACCAAAUCAUGUCAUGCAACACCAUAAUCAUGAGAGAACGCGACAAGUGAAAGCAAACAAGACAAGGAAAUUUAGAGUAAGUGAAGAGAAACGAUAAAUUAUGCAGCAAAACAUUCAAAAUAAUGUGAUAUGAAAUUGUGCAAAUAGGCGAAAGAACUACUUCUGCAGGAUAGUUGUUUCUUAUAUAAAAAACAUAUAAACAUACUUUGUUUUAGGUCGUAAGCGCAAAAAGAGACAUAGUUUUGCGAGGAAUUAUGUACAAUUUCAGCGUAGAAUGUUAGGGAAAACUCACAAAAAAAUGUGAAAUAACAAUAUUGUUGACGUCAAACUGUUUCGAUUAUCGAAACAAACAUGUUUUACUAGAGAAAACAAGAAAUUUGCUUGAAAUGAGAAAUUUUGAAACAAUCUGUGAUUUUACAAUGUCCGUCCGAAUUUUUGAGAAACCCGAUUUUGUCCAGUAAAAUUUCCAAAAAAUCUUUGCAAAUUAGGAGAAAUCUCUUAAAAACAACUUCUCAUUUCAAGCUCCUUUCUGCCAUCAAAGCGAAAGAAAACACGAUAGCCAUUUGUUUCAGUGCUGCAAGCAUUGCCAUAACAAAAACCAAGCUUAAUCAAGCAAAAAGAAAACUAACUUGAGCCCAAUCUUAGCCCCACUUACUUCGCUUUGGCUGAUCUCGCGAUCAACCGUGUAAAACCCCCCGAAAGUAGACAACCACCCGAGCAGAACGCGCGGGUAACCGCGCAAAUAACAAAUUGUGUUCUGACGAUCGAGCAAACUCGAUUACCACAACCUUACCCUAACUUUGUCAAUAUUAGAGAUCGAAAUUUACCACGAUCAUUACCACCGAGAAGAGUUGAGCAAAUUUGCUACCGGGUAGCAAAAAAGAAAGCAAAAAAAAGGCAAGCAAAUCAACCAGAAACUGCCCCCUUAACCGAUGAUUUCGUUUCGUUGAAAACCUUCGCAACACAAGCUGUGAACGCAAAAAACUGCCCAACUUAUGAAAACCACACAACGAGCAAAACGAAAAACAAGUUUUUCAGUGUGAUGUGACACUUCUCAAAUUUUGUUACGUUUAUUAUUUGAGAAAUUUGAAAGCGACAAUUUCUUUCCUGUAAAUAUGUACCAAUUUUUAGUGAUAAACCCCCUUAAAAUUAAAAGAAAAACUUCUCCGCUGCUUGCAAACGCUGAUUAGCAACGAAGAAACGAAACUCUUGUUGAAUGCUAGUGGCUCCUUAAGGGUUUAAACGUCAACACACAAAUAGAACCACCCCCCCACAUUUAAGUGGCCGGGGGUUCGAAAUUGCAACAAACGAUGCGUAUUUUUGUUAAUCUUGGAAGUCUUCCGCAAAAAGAACGUCUCCCAACGCGACACCCCAUUUACCCUAUUCACAACCCUUCCCCCAAAAAGACACACGUAGCCCUUAAGUAGAUCUUUAAUUUAUCAGUUUUUAAGGUGUGCUGUCUAGACGGCAAACAAACACACGGUACGUGAGUUAGUAGGGACUUUUUGGCAAUAAAUAAAACUGAAGGAAAAAGUGUGUUCUACAAAUAUGGGCGCGAACUCGCGUCAGUAGGAAACUGUUUCGUAUCGUUUCGUGUAAAAUAUAUUCUGAAUAAAGGAAACGAAAAAUUAAUACCAGAAGAGUAUUUUUUGAACAAAA